GCAGAUCAAAUAUUUAAAAUUCGUUGUUGGUCACAAUGAUUGACUAAAAUUUAAUUUUAAAUCCAGCAGGCUAUUAUUUUGUAUUUUGAUAAUUCUGAAGAAAGUAUAUCAAGUUUCUAAAUUAUUAUUGCACUAAUAAGAUUAAAUAUUUGAUAAUCACUUGUUACCUAGUACCUACUUACUAAAAUAGUAAACAAGUUAAAUAUGGAAGCGUUAAACAAUAAUCACAUCAUGCUUAUUUUAAAUAAAAUUAAAUCUAGAGUAAAUGAAACUUAUCAUCAGAAAUGGACAGCCGAAGCAGGAGCAGAGUGCUACCAAAAGGAAACUGAAAAGUUAGAUUUUAAAAUAGAGUAUUUAAAUAACGACAUUGCACGAAUUGAAGAGGAUAUAAAAGAAAUUACACCUCAGAUUGGGACGUUGGAGGAACAAUAUAAGAUAUUAAUGGACACUUACUCUAUAAGUCAACAAUCAUACACUUUUCAAAAAUCACAUAUAGAAUGUAUAACUGAAAAAGCAAAAAUGCGCAAAGAAGAAGGUGAUAAUAUUUUAAGAAAGUAUACACAACAUUUAGAGAGUCGCACAAAACAUUUACAAGAAACAAAUCCAACCUUUAAAAUAUUAAGAGAACUACAAGUGGAACUAAAGAAAGAACAAUUUAAUAUUAAAAUGUUGCAAUUUACACGUAAACAACAGAUAUUGGUUGAAGAAACAAAAUAUAAAAUACAACAAAAAAUGUACUAUCAAGAUUUUAUUGUGUUCGCCAAAGCAUGGCUGGAAAAGAAAUAUUUUGAUGAAUCUACAAAAAAGUUGCAAGAAGUAAGUUCAAGAGAGAAGGAAUUAAUGAAGAAGUUGCUGAAACUCGAUGCAGAUAUUAAAGAAAAACAAAAAUAUAGACAUGUAAAAAAAGUCGAUCAAAGACAAGAGGAAUCACAAAUUGCCCUAAAAACAAAGUUAAUAGCUGAGGCACCGUUGAAAUCUAAAAAUGAUAAUUGUUUUUCAAAAAGAUCUGAAAAUCUGAAUAAUCUGUUUUUAAAACCAAAUUAUAUUAGCAGCUUGCCGUCAGCUAAACAAACCCAGAAUGUAACUAAACUUAACAUUUUGGAAAACAAAGUAAUUAGACCGCGCAAUGUUGAAACUACAUUGGGAAAUGAAAAUAAGAAUAAAGAAGAAAAAAAUAUGGCUUUAAGUAAGAAAUUACAACAAGUCGUACAGAAUGUACAAAAUAUGAAAGAGAGACAGGCUUCCUUUAAAGAAAAUAAGCUAAGAAAACGUUUCUGUUCAAAACAAAGUUUUAAAACUGAUGGAAAAAAUGAAGAAAAUGGAAACAAUAAUGGUGCUAGAGGUGCAUUUGUUCCCACUGUUCCACUCAGUGCAAUUCAGAACGUGAACAGAGAUAUCAGGCCGUCUCAAGAAUCGGUAACAACUAUUACUCUAAGUCAAGAUCAUGACGCGUUGAAUUUGCUAUCGCAAGAAUCUGGUACCAAUACUCAAACAAAAUUAAGGGAGUUUAGAUACGAUUCGGAUAUGGCCCACCAAAGAUUGAACACUAAUCAACAAAAGCGAUUUCCUGAGCGUACUGAAAACCUUCCAGCUAUUCCUGAGAAUACAUGUAACAAGAAUGAAUUGCAUCAAUAUGUUCCUGGAACCGAUGGAAGUAAUUGUAGGACAAUAGAGACGAGGCUAGGUAAUCAAUUUGAAAAAUAUAAUAUGUUUAUGGCAAAUAAUAACAAAAGUGAAUAUUUUUCAAGAAAUAAUAUAAUAGAUGCCGACAAAAAUGGGUUUGAUAAAAACUUACCUUCUUCUUCACAAGCUUCAUCUAAAGGAUCUCUAAAAAAUCCCGAUAACGAAAAAUCUUCCAUUUUCGAAAAUAAAUUUGGAAUUCAACCCGACAAAAUUACUCAAAACUCUUCAAAUAUCAACAACAGUAAUUUGUUUAGUUCUAACACCAAUAAAGGUAAUAACAUGGAAGGAGAUAACCACAAAUUCCAUAUGCCUUUUUCUAUGGUGCAAUCAGACAUGAAUCCUAACAAACAAUAUGCUCAACAGCAGUAUCAUUUUGAGGAAAAUUUGAAUAAUAGUCGUCAUAACACUUUCAAGAAACAAAAAUUGGAAGUAGAAAAUGUUGCCGAUAACUCUUUAUUGAAUAUUAGUUUGGAUAUGAAUAAUUAUGGAGCAGAAUUUUCUCAACAAAAUAGGGACGAAAGUAAAAUGUUAGAAUUAAAUGGAAGUCAAUAUAACUUUGGAAAUAUUACAGGAUUUAUGCCAAGUCCCAUGGGUGAUUUUCCAAUGAGUCCAGAGUUUAAUACGAGUGUGCUGAAAGAUCAGAAUCAAAAAGGAUCUGAAAUGACUUUCAGCGGACAAGGAUUUGCCUUUUCACAAAUGGAUAAUACUUUUGGAUUUAAAUUUUAAUAGGGAUUACUUGUUAAGUUUAAUUAUGUACAAUGAAUACGAAAGAAACAUUUAUUAUUGUAAUUAUAGGAAUAAUUUAAGUGUAUACCUACUUUGUUCUAGUUUUAGGUAAAAUUUGAAGUUUAGUUGUUCUUCUAAUUUAAAUAAAAAUACUUGGUUGUGGUCAAUCUAGGAUAUAACAAAAAUGUAUAACGAUAAAAUAUUUUAAGUUUGAGAUAUAAGUAGUAUUAAACAAUCUAAUUAUAGUUUAGAUAUAGAACUUAAAAU